UUUCUCCUGGAUCGGGUCCGUUUCAUCAGUAAAAUGCUCCAGAAGUCUCAGAAGGUCAGAGCUGGGAACCGUACCAGAGCUGAGUCAUUACUUCUUGGGGGGUUAAAUGCAAAAUGAAGCCUGUUGCCCAUCACUGACAGGAAAGGAGUGCAAGAGGAGGGGAAGAGUAGAAUACACCAUUGAAAAGAAACCAGGCCCUAGGUAAGAGGAAGCCUCAUGUGGUAAAAGCCUCCAGCUAAGAGUCAUGAGAUCAGAGUUCUCUGCUUAGCUCUGCCAACAACCUUCAGUCUGACCUGGGGCAAUUCGCUUCAGGGCUCUGUGCCCAACUUCCAUCCUCUGGAAACCAGGGAUAAGACAUGGAAAAGCAAAAUGUUAAGAAUGUUUCUUUCUGCUCCAGGGACAAAGAAAGAGCCGUCUGAGACGAAGGGGAAGUGGGAAAAAGGGAGCUCAGAAGAGCAGGAAGAAGAGCGCGCUCCCAUCCCCACAUUAACAAGCAGCUCCCAUAUGACGAUGACCCGCGGGGAGCAGCCUUCCUCAGCCCCGCUCCACGCCCUGCUGCUGACAGCCGUGCAGGGUCUGACAACACCCACCCUGGAGAGAUUUAGAGCCGCAGAGGAGGAGCUGAGGACCAUCGUAUCUCUCCACGGAGACAAGAUGGAGAGAGUUGGAGACGUCGUGGGAGGGAUCUUAAUCUGGUUUGACAACGUCUGUGAUCCCAGAGCCAGAAAAGCAGCGCUGAGGGCAACGGCCUUGCUGGCUCGCUCCCACCCCCAGGACGUGGUUCUAACCUGUGUGGCUCACAUGCUGUCAUCGCACAGAUAG